UCACUUAGAUUUAUGGUGCACAUGUGAUUUUUCUCUUUCGUGAAAUUAGAUGGGUUAGCCGGCGCCAGUUUGGAGUCCUGAGGAAGAUAUCGUUUUUUCCCUUCUUGCAACUUUUUGUGUCUUAAAAAUUGCCUUACCAAAGGGUCAGGCCGGCGAUUCAAGAUUUCUUUGAUGCUCUGAUUUUGUCUGAAUGAACGAGAAAUAAGUUAUGGACAGGCAGGAGGGCCCAGCUGAAAGGGAUGAGGGGGACAUUUUGGCCAACAACCCCAGGGCUAUCAAUGUGGCUGAGUUUGCGGGUGCCCGGGCCGCUGAGCUCAAGACCAUGACGGAGGCCAUCAUGACCAUGGGAGGCAUGCGCAGAACCUUCCAGAAGCUACCACGUCACAUGAGACGGCGCGCCAUGAGCCAUGAUCUGAGACGUCUGCCUAAGAGAUUGAGAGAUUCCGAAGAAAGAACAAUGCAAAAAUGCAUGAGCAAGAAGAAAUCUGCACCGGGCAAAGAAGGCGGGGCUGAUGAAGACCCACCCCCAGCGAAGCGAUCGCGUCGGCACCGGCGCCGGCCUGGUAACCUGAAGCAAGAGUACCAGCGCAGACAGGCCGGCCAUGCAUGGCUGGAGACGCAUGUCUGGCACGCCAAGCGGUUCAAAAUGGUUGAGCAAUGGGGCUGUAAGCUGCCCCUGCAUCCUUCAGACAAGAGUGUCAGAGCAACUUACAGGGCUAUGGCCAAACACUGCCUUCUCCAAGAUGUCUCCUACCUGCGAGUCAUCGAGAUAGUCGGUCCUCAAGGAUUGACAUUGAGGGCGCUGUCCCACCUCACCAGUCCCACCACAGGUUUGACCUGUGCUGCUGCCUCUUUUCUCACCGGCCAGCGCCACGGUGAAGCGAUGUUUUAUCGCAUGGAUCGCUUCCCUGAGGGCGCUAUUGGACCUGUCAAUUUCCUCUGGAGAGCCCAUGCCACUUCUGCAGACUCCGCCCCUAAAGUAGGGAGAGGAGGUCCAACACGGGUAGAGGAUAAAGCGUCAUCAACAAGUCCGGGGGAGAAGUUUGAGGAGGGUGCAAUGCGACAGCUCUGGCUGUGGGCUCACCCAUCGUGUGCUGCCCUGCUACUCCAGGAGGUUACAGCAGCAACUGUGGCUGAAAACAGGAACAGUGAAGCUAACGGCAGAGUCACUGUGAGACAGCUCGACGAUAGUCCUCUGAGAUUUCGCCUUCAGGGUCCGCUGGCACACCCAGUGCUCCUCCAUGCCCUGAAGAUGGCAGAGGUGCAGGGCGAGGCAUCAGGCUCAAAGCAAGACAGGCUUUGGUGGGAAGAUUAUUACGCAGAUCCACAUUGUUUGCAAGCCUGGCAGGAGCAGUCGUCCAUCUGGAAGACCCUGGGUGGAGUUAGGGCAGUUACUGAUCUUCUCCCGCGCUGCAUUCUCUCGUUGACGGUACGAGACCCACGCAAUCUCCUGCCCAUCAAGAGAACUAAGAUAAUGACAGAUUCUGACGAGUUGGAACCAACUGAUCAACCACCACCUGAAGUUGUACGUCACUUCCCAAGAGCAGCACCAGUGUCACCCCUCUGGGAGCAGUCAAUGCGGGAGUCUGUCACCUCAACCAAGAUACCCACCCACAAACUUAACAAGAUGCGCUCCAAGCUCAUCGUUCCAGGCCAGGAGAUGAGUCUAGGUCGCCAGGAUUCGCGCGUCCCGGUUCUGCUUCUCCAGCAACCUGGAAUCCAGCCAAGCAAUGUUGGCACGGUUACCGCAUCCAGUCGAACAAAGCGAGGUGGUGCAGCAGGCUUUGGUAGCGGCUGGGAUGUCAUCCUGCCGAGCGGCUGGGGGAUGGACUUCUGGAUUGCACUGGUCCUGAGGGGCUGCCGAGCGGCAGGGCUUCAGGAAUCCCGCUCCUGCCACCUCCAACAGGGGGUCCCACACUUCCCGGAGGGGUAUCCGGACACAGCAGCAGGAGAGGCAUGGGCAGACAAGGUGGAGGAAGAGCAGACCAAGAAAUUCAAGAGGUGGCCACCUGCCAAGAGGCCUAACUAUGGAAAACUUGGAGUCGUCUCACCUUUUAGGUGUGCUUGGAAGAAGCUUCUGGAAGAAUGGAGGGAUGCAAAGAAACUAGAAACGGAAGAAGAUGAGGAUGAUGCUGUUGCUGAGUCUCAGGCAGAAGAAACAAUGCUCUCUGAAGAAGGUGACAAGAACCAAGCAUUCUUUGUGCUUCGAGAGAGAUCCAAGCUGGAAACACUUAGCAAAACCUUGACAGCAAAUCAGAAGCCUCCUCAGAUCCCUAAAUCUGCUAAGGGGACCAAUCAGAUUGUCCCUGUAGACAUCGCUCCUGAAAGUGACAUCACUCAUGUCAAGAUGGACACUACGGUGGCCUCAAAUGGGCAUGCAGCUCCUCAAAUGCGAAAUUUAGAGAGUAAGGAAUCCCAUACAGGACAGCAUGAGGAAAUAAAUAAGAUUGUUGCUGACCUAGGUCAAGAUACAGACAGGAUGCUUGUUGGUGUCAAGUUGAGCAUGGCCAACCGUGGAGUGCCACAUCCAUUUGCGAUGAUUUGCCUCCCAAGCGAAGAAGACAUCGCGUCAUUUGAAUCCAACCAGAUGCACUGCCCCAUGGAACCAAUCCACAAAGAGUUUAAACUCCCAAAGAGGUCCAAAAAGAAGAACAAGAAGGGGAAAAGUGGCCCAAGUGUGGCUGAUAAUCCUAGAGAGAUUAAAAGUGUUAAGGCUGGGCUGAAAUUUGAAGUGGCGCCCGAUGUAAAACUGUUUGACUCCUGUCGCCGUCGUGUGAUUGGUUUCGUCGUGGACGGUGCCAACACAUUCAUCACUGGCAGUGGCCGAGCGGUGGGCUACUGUUGCAUGCUGGGACUGCUGCAACUUCUUGAAGAGCGCCCUCAAGGUCAGCGAGCACUGGUUCUUGUCCGUGAUACAAAAGCUGUCCAGUAUCGAUUCGCUUUUUUUGACAUUCUCACCUGAUUUAAAUUGAGUAGUGAAGACAGCGAGGAAAUUUGGUGACUUUUUCAGAUGAUUCUUGUGGUUAUUCAAAAGUACUCAAAAAGAUAUGCUGCUUAUUUAAAUUUAUUUUUAAUAAAGUUUGUGAAGAAAUUUGUAAAUUAAUUUCUCAGAAUGACAGAGUUCAGACAGUGCCUUUAAAUCAAUCAUGAGGGUUUUAUUUUGUAUUCCAUCAUACGUGUUUCUUUUUAUUUCAGAUAUUACAUGUACAUGAAACGUGUUUUAAAAAAAAACAAUGUUUGUGUUGAAUCCCCUGAAAUUGUAAUUUGUAACAAUAAUUUUGAAACAUCUAACAAGUACACAUGAUAUCAUGGCUUUUCACAUUUUCUGGUAUAGUUUCGUGCAGUCUUUAUAUACAAGUUUGUACCAUUUGACAUUCAUAAUCAUUCCUUUGCUGUGCUAUAAACAUGCAUUUUUUUAAAAAGAUUUACAAAUACUAUCCUAAGAAGGUUAUGGCAUGCUGGGCCGCAUUUUGGCACUGUGACCACACACAUAUUUCUGACUUCAUUG